AUGGAAAUUUCAAACCUGAACAUCAUCAGCACAAAUCAACAGAGCACUGAGCAUGAUAGCAGCAGUGGUAGAGGGACGUCUUCAAAAUUCAGGGGAGUGAUUUGGCUCAGAAGUGGCAAGUGGGGUGCACGGAUUGCCUUUAAGUACAAGGCUUACUGGCUUGGAACAUACGACAUGGAAGAAGAGGCAGCAAUGGCUUAUGAUAGAGCAGCGAUCAAACUUCAGAGAAGUGAUGCCCCCCUGAACUUCCCAAUGACCAUUUACACAGUUCAAGAGACCAAAUUCCAGAGUCGGUACUCAAACGAAGAGAUCCUGGAUAUGAUCAAGGACAAAACUUACUUGUCCAAAUUUUCAAAUUACCUUGCAAAUCAGUCUUUGUUGAGGGAAUAUGCAGCAAAUAAUCUAGCAAAUCAGCAAGGGAUCUCAUAUCAAAUGCUUUUUCGAAAGGAAUUGACACAAACUGAUGUCACUCACAUCAAGGGCUUUCACAUCCCUAAAGAACAUGCAAUGGAGUACUUUCCUCCACUUGCUGGUGUGAACUCAUCUGGAGGAGAUAAAAGUGGGGAUAAGUCCAUCGAAUUAACAUUCUUUGAUAGACACUGUCGUCCAUGGACUUUUCGGUAUUCUUAUUGGAAGAGUACUCAGACGUUUGUGUUUACAAAAGGCUGGAGACACUUUCUCAAGAUGAACAACCUGAAGCCAAAAGACUGCGUCUUUUUCUAUAGAUGUGAGCAUCAAAGGGAGGCUCAGGGAAGAGUGUUUUACAUGAUAGAUGCACAGCGUAGUAGUAUGGAAAGUAAUGCUGUUACUUGGAAUAUACAGAAGGAAACGUAUGCAAAGAAAAGAACAAACCAUGAAGUAGAUGGUGAAGACAAGGAGCCAGAUAAUGGAGUUAAGCUUUUUGGUGUCCAAAUUAGCAAAAGAAGACCAAACUACAAGCUCUUUUUCUGA